AUGGCCUUAGACGAUGCGCCCAGGGGCGUUGUGCCCUCCGACAAGCUGGAGGUGGGAGGGGACGACGAGAAGGAGCAGUAUACCCAGGAUAAGGUCCAGCGUCUCGAGGCCAAGAACCGCGUCAUUCAGGGCGCCAAGACAGCGACGGAGAAAGAACAAAAGAUGACGCUGAUGCAGGGUAUCCGCCUGUACCCGAAAGCCAUCGCCUGGAGCGUGCUCAUCUCGACGUGUAUCGUGAUGGAAGGCUACGACCUCUGUAUCGUAAACAACUUUUACGCUUUCCAGCAGUUCAACAAGAAGUACGGAAAACAACUGCCCGACGGCACUUGGGAAGUGCCAGCCCCAUGGCAAGCCGGUCUCAGCAAUGGCGCCAACGUUGGCGAACUCUUUGGUCUUCUCAUCAACGGCUAUGUGUCGGAGCGGUUCGGCUACCGCUGGACGGUGAUUGUUUGUCUGAUGCUGAUCAACGCCUGGACGGCCUUGUUUUUCACCGCCCAAAACGUCCAGACGCUGUUGGCAGCCGAGAUCCUCUGCGGCAUCCCAUGGGGCGUCUUCCAAACCCUCACAAUUACAUACGCUUCUGAGGUCUGCCCCGUGGCGCUUAGAGGUUACCUUUCUACGUACGUGAACUUCUGCUGGGGUCUUGGCCAACUCAUUGGAAUCGGCGUCAUCAUGUCCAUGCUGGACCGGACCGACGAGUGGGCCUACCGUAUCCCAUAUGCCCUGCAGUGGAUGUGGCCUUUGCCGCUGGCCAUUGGCAUCUUCUUCGCCCCUGAGUCUCCGUGGUGGCUGGUCCGCAAGGGGAAGUUGGAUAAGGCAAAGGCCGCCCUACUGCGCCUCACCAGUCUAAACCGAGAGACCGAUUUCAACGCGGACGAGACCAUUGAUAUGAUGGUGCAUACCGCAGCACUGGAAGAGAAGACAACGAGUGGUGCUACCUACCUUGACUGCUUCAAGGGACACGAUUUGAGGAGAACAGAGAUUGUCGGCAUGUGCUGGGCUAUUCAGAACCUGUGCGGCAACUCUUUCUCUAAUUACUCGACGUACUUCCUUACCCAAGCCGGUCUCGAUUCCCACAGCGCUUAUGGGUUCGCUCUUGGCCAAUACGGCUUCAACAUGGUGGGAGUCCUAGGAGCUUGGUUCCUGAUGAGCCGCGGAAUUGGCCGCCGAUCGCUGUAUCUGUACGGUCUCUGCGUGCUUUGCGCCAUGCUCCUGAUCCUCGGUUUCUUGGGCCUCGUCCCCGAGGCGCACCGCAGAGAAGGGUCCAUCGCCACGGGUAGCAUCAUGCUUUGCUGGGCAUUGACGUACCAAUUAUCGGUGGGCACCGUGUGCUACUCGCUAGUCAGCGAGAUCUCAACGCGAAGGCUGCAAAUCAAGACCGUCGCCCUCGGGCGCGUCUUCUACAUCAUUGUUGGCAUCUUUUGCUCGGUGGUUACUCCGUACAUGCUCAACCCCGGGGCGUGGAACUGGAGAAAUUUUGCAGGCUUCUUCUGGGGCGGCAUCUGUUUCCUCUGUAUCAUCUACGUCUAUUUCCGCGUCCCCGAGCCGAGGGGGAGAUCGUUUGCUGAGUUGGAUAUGCUCUUCCAGAUGGGAGUCAGCGCUCGCAAGUUUCCCUCCACGCGGGUCAACGUGUUCGAGGAGGAUAUCGAUGGCGACCUCAUGAACGAGUAUCAAAAGCAGACAAGUGCCAAGGGUCCAGUCAGCGCCCACAUCCCGUAGGGCGUGUUGGAGAUACGAGAGCAGAAUAGAUAGUCAAAGACACGAUCCACCCUACAGUGGAUGCCCUGGCG